UCCGAAGCCGAGCACAUCGAGAUGACGGCCGUGGACGAACCGAUCAACACUGACACACCUCAUGAUGAGGGCAUACAUCUCACGCUCUGGCAAGCAGCGAAGACCUUUCCCCGGAUCAUUCUCUUUUCUCUGGCGGCCUGUUCAGCGGGUGGCACCUUCGGAUACGAUGUCGUAGUCAAUGGGGCAGCUGUAGCUAUGCCCAGCUUCCUGCUCUACUUUGGCGCCGUAACACCUACCUACACGCUGUAUCUCCCCAGUAACUGGGCGUCGCUACUCAGUGCCAUGUCUGCACUCAUGCAAGCAAUCGGAGGCAUCCUCAUCGCACCAAUCUCCGAUCGAUAUGGCAGAAGGAUCGCGAUCAUAUCACCUUGUUUUAUCUCUGCCGUCGGAGUCGGACUUCAAUACGGGGCGACCACGCGUGGUAUGCUCCUUGCUGGUAAAAUGGUCAACGGACUCGCCAUCGGUGCCAUGCUGAGUGCAGCAACUGCUUGGGCUUUCGAGAUAUCUCCUGUGCGCUUACGUGGACCGAUACAGUCAGGUAUUGUCCUCUUUACGGUCUUCAUGCAAGCAAUGGCGCUCGUGGUUGUUCGUCAACUCGUGACGAAGAUCACACCCAAAGCCUUUCGUCUCGUCUUUGCCAUGCAGUGGAUCUUCUGUGGACUCACCUGCAUAUCGUGCUUCCUUGUACCCGAAAGUCCGACUUGGUUAAUCCUCAAAGGGCGGCACGAUCAAGCAAGGAAGACGGUCGCUCGGCUCUAUGGACGUCAAAACAAUCCUGAUGCCUGGUAUGAGAUCAUUGCAGACAAGAUUCGCCAGGAAGCUGCCUACGAGCAAAGCUCAGGCAUCGGAAGCUUCCUCGACCUGUACAGGGGCAGCAAUCUCAAGAGGACACUGACGGUACACCUUCUGUUUUUCGGAAUCGGCCUUGCUGGGUCGUCCUUCCUAGGACAAAGCAUAUACUUUCUGCUUACAGCAGGACUCCCGGCAGUCCACACCUUCGACAUCUCCAUCGGCGGAUUCUGUCUUGCUCUGUUCGCCAUCGUUGCCUCAUGGGUAUAUAUUGAGAAGAUUGGCCGUCGGUCCUUGUGGUUGCUCGGUUGCGCAGUCAACGUUAUCAUCAUGGCCAUCAUCGGAGGUCUCUACUGGGCUCCAGGAAAGGGGCCUCUGUGGGCUAUUGCGAUUUUGAUGCUUCGCAGCAAGAACCGAGCAGUCACCAUCUUCUCGAAUGCUCUUACCACUUGGCUCUUCAACUUCGUGCUUCCAUACAUGUACAACAUUGACAGUGGAGACCUCGGCGCUAGGACUGGACUCGUUUUUGCGGGCUCAUCUUUGUUGCUUCUUUUGAUCUCGCAUCCGCUGAUUCCGGAUCUCCGCGGCCUUACUACUGCCGAGAUCGACUGGCUAUAUGAGAACAGAAUCAGCCCGAGGAGGUUCCAGGAGUAUGCUGGUGGCCGUGCUGCCCAAGCUGUCGCAGCUGCCACGGACGGAAAGUUAGCAGGAACAUUUUAG